UAAACUUGCCAUUUUCCGGACUACAGGAAGUCAUAUCCGGGUUUCCGGGUCGGGUCGGAUGCGGUUAGGGUAUUCUUGCUGAUGCCCAUUCUAAUCUGCAAAUGAAGAAGAGAAACGUCGCGACCUACCGUGUUGAAGUCAAACUCGGUCAGUUGUCAACCGAUAUGCGAUCCGAUUCGGUAGUUUGGGGUCCGGUGGAAGAGGAGGAGGAGGAGGCAGAAGAGGGCGAGGAAGGAGACGGGUCACCGUCGUUGGUACCGUCAUCAUCGCCAUGGUCAUCGUGCUUCGAGAAGGAGAGGCACGUCGUAUACCUGGAGAUGAUGUAUGAGAUGUUGCCUCACUGCUAUCAGACUCAGGAGAUCAAUCGUCUCACCCUCGCUCACUUCAUCAUCUCCGGCCUCCGUCUUCUCGGGGCCUUCGGUCGCGUUGAUAAGGAAGCUGUUGCUAAUUGGGUCUUAUCCUUUCAUGCUCAACCAAGAAACAAAGCUGAACUGGGAGAUGGAAAAUUCUAUGGGUUCCAUGGUUCCCGAAGCUCUCAGUUCCCUCCAGAUAGUAAUGGGGUUUUGAUUCAUAACGGCGGUCACUUGGCAAGUACGUAUUGUGCACUAGCAAUCCUGAAGAAUGUAAACUACGAUUUUGCAAAUAUUGACUCCGAAUCAAUAUUGAUGUCGAUGAGAAAUCUUCAGCAACCUGAUGGGAGUUUUAUGCCCAUUCAUACUGGGGCAGAGAUGGAUCUUCGUUUUGUUUUUUGUGCUGCUGCAAUCUGUUACAUGUUGGAAGACUGGCGUGGCAUGGAUAGAGAGAAAGCCAAGGAGUACAUAUUAAGCUGCCAGUCAUAUGAUGGUGGCUUUGGAUUGAUUCCUGGCUCGGAAUCUCAUGGAGGUGCUACUUACUGUGCUGUUGCAUCUCUCCGAUUAAUGGGAUACAUUGGAGAUGAUCUUCUGUCUGAAAGCAACUCAUCUUCUCUCAUUGAUGUGCCAUUGCUUCUUGAUUGGAGCUUGCAGAGGCAGGCAGGUGAUGCAGGAUUUCAAGGUAGAGCCAACAAACCUAGUGACACAUGUUAUGCAUUUUGGGUUGGGGCAGUUUUAAGGAUCUUGGGAGGCUACAAAUUUGUUGAGAAGAAAGCUUUACGCCAGUUUUUAUUUAGUUGUCAGUCUAAGUAUGGUGGUUUCAGUAAAUUUCCUGGCGAGUUGCCAGAUCUGUACCAUUCCUACUAUGGAUUUACUGCUUUCAGCCUCCUGGAGGAACCUGGCCUGAACCCACUCUGUGCUGAAUUAGGAAUAACAGAUCUUGCUGCCUUAGGAACUUGACCGUCAUAGUAACAAAUCUUGGUGUAAAAUUCACAAUUGAAUUUCAUUUUAUUUCAUUGCCAAGUUAUAAAUCUUGUUCAUCGUGGUGUAAAAUUGAAACUUGGCUGCAGUUUCUCGGGUUUCAAAUUCAUCUUGUACCAUCUACUUUCCUCCUCACGUUAAUCAAAGGAAAGUUGUAUUCUAGGGCAGUAUCUUUUAAGAUUUGUGAGCUAUACAUACUAAUUUAUCUUUAGAAAUUGAAUUUGGAAAAGACCUA